AUUUCAGGAGACGACAGGCUUUCGGCUGGAAAGAAGAAAAAAAAAAAAAAAGAAAGAGAAGAGAAAAGAAAGGAGAAGAGGAGAGAAAGAAUCCGCCUAGAAAUCGAUCGAGUAGCAGCUGGUAAGAGACUUUAAAGGAGAUUAAAGAAGAAGAUAGCCUGUCUACAUUACACCCAUGGAUGACAUCUUCACACAGUGUCGAGAAGGAAACUCUGUGGCUGUCCGGCUGUGGCUGGACAACACAGAGAACGACCUGAACUUGGGCGAUGACCACGGCUUCAGCCCCCUCCACUGGGCGUGCAGGGAGGGCAGGAGCGGCGUUGUUGACAUGCUCAUCAUGAGGGGAGCUCGGAUUAACGUGAUGAACCGCGGAGACGACACGCCGUUACACCUCGCCUCCAGUCACGGACAUAGAGACAUUGUGGCAAAGUUGAUCCAGUGCAAGGCGGACCCCAACACAGUCAAUGAGCACGGGAACACCCCACUCCACUACGCCUGCUUCUGGGGCCAAGACGAGGUGGCAGAGGACCUUGUGGCCAGCGGUGCCCAGGUGUGUGUAUGUAACAGGUAUGGACAGACCCCUCUGGACAAGGCCAAGCCACAUUUAAAGCAACUGCUGCAAGAAAAGGCAGAAAAAAUGGGCCAGAGUAUGGCCAAAAUCCCGUACAAAGAAACUUUCUGGAAGGGCACCAUGCGUACACGACCUCGUAAUGGUACCCUCAACAAGCAGGCUGGUAUUGAUUACAAGCAGCUUUCACUCCUGGCGAAGAUCAAUGAAAACCAGUCUGGGGAGCUGUGGCAGGGCCGGUGGCAAGGGGAUGAGAUUGUCGUGAAGGUGUUGCAGGUGAGAGACUGGACCACCAGGAAGAGCAGAGACUUCAACGAGGAACAUCCGAAACUCAGGAUCUUUUCUCAUCCGAACAUUCUGCCUGUCCUCGGAGCCUGCCAGUCGCCUCCUUCCCCUCAUCCCAUCAUCAUCACACACUACAUGCCGUACGGAUCCCUGUACAACAUACUUCAUCAGGGCACGACUCUGGUUGUAGACCAAAGCCAAGCAGUGAAGUUUGCGUUAGAUAUCGCCAGCGGCAUGGCCUUCCUCCACACCUUAGAACCAAUGGUCUCACGGCUUUACCUCAACAGUAAACACGUCAUGAUUGAUGAGGACAUGACAGCCAGAAUAAGCAUGGCAGACGCCAAGUUCUCCUUCCAGUGUCCUGGUCGUAUGUAUUCCCCAGCAUGGAUGGCCCCUGAAGCCCUGCAAAAGAGAUCUGAGGACAUCAACCGCAGAUCAGCGGACAUGUGGAGCUUCGCUGUGUUGCUGUGGGAGCUGGUUACCAGAGAAGUGCCCUUUGCUGACCUCUCACACAUGGAAAUAGGAAUGAAGGUUGCUCUCGAGGGUCUUCGGCCCACCAUUCCACCAGGAAUUUCACCUCAUAUCUGUAAACUGAUGAGGCUCUGCAUGAAUGAAGAUCCAGCCAAAAGACCCAAGUUCGACAUGAUCGUUCCCAUCUUGGAGAAGAUGCAGGACAAGUGAAUGAUGUUAGCCGCAGUCUUCUGUUUCACUUGUAAUAAUGUGUUAUCAUCAAACCACUUUUUAUCUACACUUCAGUCAUGUAUCUGCUAAGCCACUGUAAAUAAUGCCAUAAACCACUUUAGUUAGUCAAAGUUCAGACACUAAGCUUUAAACUGAUUUUCUUGUAUAAAUUAAAUUUGAGAUUUAAAUGUUUCUGAGCUUGUGCCAGUAUGGCUGAAGCUUCUUGUAAUGUUGGCUUUUUUUUUAACGCAGAGAGGAUUAAACUGUAUGAGAAUUCUGAUUGAAACCGAUCCAAAGAAAUGUGUAUAUUAUAAGUGCUUUUAUGCAUCCUAGCAACUGCCAAUGCAAUAAAUGUUUUAUAUUUAU